AUGGCGCAGGCAGCGGACCGCUUCAACAUCAACCGCCAGUGGGAGCACUUGCAGGCCAAAUACGUCGGCACGGGCCACGCGGACACGACGAAAUUUGAGUGGACCGUGAAUCAGCACCGUGACACGCUGGCGUCCCAUGUGGGCCACUCGGAUCUCUUGGCCUACUUUGCCGUGGCCGAGAACGAGUCCAUGGGCCGCGUGCGGUACAACAUGCUGGAGAAGAUGCUGCAGCCGUGUGGACCUCCGCCACCGAAGGAGGAGGAGUAG